AUACACAAUAGUAAAUAUUCCAAUCUAUAUAUUUAUAUAUUGCUUAUUGUAAAAUACCUUCUUUUGGAGACAUUGAAGGAUGCCUACCAUUUCCGUGCUAAAGUCAGAAUUUUACAAACAGCUUGGAACGAAUCUCUCAACAGAGGAAUUAGAGUCCCUUUGCUUUGAGUUUGGUAUAGAAUAUGAUGGAAUAGAAAUCAACGAAACUGGAUCUGAGUUUUUGAAGAUUGAAGUACCUGCCAACAGGUAUGAUCUUUUGUGCAUGGAAGGUUUGGUUUCCGCGUUAUUAACCUACAAAUGGAAUUCAAAGGCCCCAAACUACAGACUCGUCCCCUCUACGCCUAAUCCAUAUGCCAAAAUAACCGUAGGAAAAGAGUGUGCAUCUCUGCGGCCCUUUAUUUUUUCUGCAAUACUUCGGGAUGUUAAGCUGAACAAUGAAAAUUAUAAGAGUUUAAUCGACUUACAAGAAAAGCUGCAUCAUAACAUAUGUAGAAAACGUACAAUAGCUGCGAUUGGUACACACGAUUUGGAUUCCGUAAGGCCACCUUUCACAUAUACCCUUGAACGACCAGAAGACAUUGUGUUUUCACCUUUGACAGAUGGAACAAAGGAGUAUAAUGCAUAUGAAUUACUAAAAACGUAUGAAUCGCAUCCUCAACUUAAGACAUACGUCAAGAUUCUAGAAAAUUCUGAACUUUAUCCAGUUGUAAGAGAUGCAGAUGGUAAUGUAUGUUCUCUACCACCAAUUAUAAAUUCGUUUAAAUCGAGAAUUACCUUGGAAACUCGCAAUAUAUUUAUCGAAGUUACAGCUGUUGAUAAAAUCAAGGGUAAUAUUGUAUUGAACCAGGUAGUUUCAGCGUUUUCACAAUAUUGUUCCGACAAAUUUACAAUUGAACCUGUUCUAAUACAAUACGAUGAUCAUGUGGUCACUCCCAAUAUCACACCGAGAUCUUUAAGAGCUUCUACUACCUAUCUUUCCACGCUUACGGGUAUCAAAGAUUUGACACCUGAAUUCACGUGUUCACUUUUGGAAAAAAUGAUGAUUUCCGCUAUGGUAGUAAAUGAUGACACUAUAGAAGCGCACAUUCCAAUAACUCGAUCCGAUAUACAACAUGCGUGUGAUAUUGGGGAAGAUAUUGCAAUAUCUUAUGGAUAUAAAAAUAUUGAGAGAAAAACAUUUAAUAUGGGAUCACUUCUUGAAAAAACAAUUCUGGCAAAAAAUGUUCGUAGGUUGUUUGCAUCUUGUUCAUAUAAAGAGACCCUUAUGCCAAUUUUGGAUUCAUUUAAAUCUGGAUAUGAAAGCAUGAAUUGGAAAAUUCCGCUAGAUAUAGAAAUAAAUUCACCUGUUGUAAUAAAAAACUCACAAGUCGCUGAACAAGAAAUUUUAAGAACAACAUUAAUUCCUGGGUUGUUAAAGACUAUAUUUAACAAAAAGGCAUCACUUUUACCCAUUAGGAUUUUUGAAAUUGGUGAUGUUGUAUGGAGGAAAAAUGAUUCAGAAUGUGGAGCCAUAAACAACCUUAAAUGCGCUGGUGCAUAUGCGAAUAUCUCAACAGCUGGAUUGGAGGAGAUACAAGGAACAUCUGAGCUAUUGUUGAAUUCAUUAGGAUUCGUCAGUGAAUACCAAAUUUGGGAGUACGAUUUAAAUAAAAAGACAUUGCCAGAAUCCUGGAAGCACAAAUAUAAACUAGUAGAAACUGAAGACCCAGCGUUCUUGUCCGGACGUGUUGUCAAUAUUACUAUGACUACAACGCCUUUUGUCACUAUAGGAGUUAUUGGCAUUAUACACCCAACUGUCCUGCGUAAUUUCAACAUUUCCAUGCCAGUAUCUUUAUUUGAAUUAGACUUAGCAUUAAUACAAAAAAUAACAAAAUCCUAACGAUUUUGUCUUCGUGGCUAUUGUACCGCACAAUUGUUUGCUUUCCGGAUAUAAUUUGCCGCAAGAACCUUUCACCGAGUAAAUGAUAAUUUAUUUCCAUGAAA